AUGGUCCUCUCGGUUCGGCAGGGGUCUGGGGGCGGGCUUGAGCUCUGCAUCCCUCGGCCCGUCACUUGCCCGCGCCGUAACCUUGACAAGGUCAGGGCGCCCGUGAAGCCCCCACAGCCCGUUCGGCGCAUGGGCGGGGCCCGCAUCCCGGCAUGCCUUGUGGGCGGGGGCGGGACGUGGUCAGACGGCGCGGCCAAUGGACGCAACUCACGGGCGCGGGGCCGCCAAGCAGUGCACGUGGGCCAGCGACCCCCGCCCGCAGGUGUCCUGGUGAUGCGCUGUCGUGGGCCCUCCCGCCCUGUCCGGUCCUCCCAGGUGCAACAUGCCAGCAAGCAGAUCACGGCCGACAAGCAGUACAAAGGCAUUAUGGACUGCAUCAUCCGCAUCCCCAAGGAGCAGGGUGUGCUGUCCUUCUGGAGGGGCAACCUGGCCAACGUCAUCCGCUACUUCCCCACGCAAGCCCUCAACUUCGCCUUCAAGGAUAAGUACAAGCAGAUCUUCCUGGGGGGCGUGGACAAGCACACGCAGUUCUGGAGGUAUUUUGCUGGCAACCUGGCCUCCGGGGGCGCUGCUGGAGCCACCUCACUCUGCUUCGUCUACCCCCUGGAUUUCGCCAGAACCCGUCUGGCAGCCGAUGUUGGGAAAUCGGGCACAGAGCGGGAGUUCAAAGGCCUGGGAGACUGUCUGGUGAAGAUCACCAAGUCUGACGGGAUCCGGGGCCUGUACCAGGGCUUCAAUGUCUCCGUGCAGGGCAUCAUCAUCUACCGGGCAGCCUACUUUGGCAUGUACGACACAGCCAAGGGUAUGCUCCCUGACCCCAAGAACACGCACAUCGUGGUGAGCUGGAUGAUUGCCCAGACUGUGACGGCCGUGGCUGGUGUGGUCUCCUACCCCUUCGACACCGUGCGGCGGCGGAUGAUGAUGCAGUCCGGGCGCAAAGGAGCUGACAUCAUGUACACGGGGACCCUCGAUUGUUGGAGAAAGAUUUUCAAAGACGAAGGCGGCAAAGCCUUUUUCAAGGGCGCCUGGUCCAACGUCCUCAGAGGCAUGGGGGGCGCUUUUGUGCUGGUCCUGUAUGACGAGCUGAAGAAAGUCAUCUAGGCACGUCCGCCUCCAACAGAAACGGGGACCAAGAGGAUCACGUAGGAUACUCUACUUAACUGUUACGGACCAUUGAUCUUCAAAAAAUUCCAGUCGUCUCUGUCCUGGUCAGAUCAUGUCGGUAGAGGGCUGUGGAUGGUAGAGGGCUGUGCACGGCUCUAGGAAAGUGGCUCAUUGUGAUCACGUUCGGCAAUUGGUGCUUCAAGUCCAUGUGUUGAUGACUGGGGGUGGGGAAUCAUGACGUCAUUGUGGGUCCGUGGUGAGGCAUCUCUGCCACUCAGGCCUAGAGUGCAGAUGCGUGUAGGACCCGGGUUGUGUUUAAGUGUUUAUUUAAAACAAGAGUCGCGUCUCCCAUUUGUACGUAAGCACGUGCUCCUCUUUUGCACAGCCGAUUGUUUGCAGUCAUGUUCUCAGUUGGGCAUUCUGCUGCAAAACAAUAAAAACAGGACACAGAG